AUGCACCAUGAUGGUGACGUCACGUACUUUGUCAGUCGUUCCGUCGAGGCUGGCUUAGCCGUAGCUGAUCAUUGCUGUGUUUUUCGGGCGAAGAUGGCUGCAGGUCCUCUCUCUGUAUCUUCCAACGCAUCCACAAACAAUGAUGGCAUUCUUAUCGGUGACAAAGUCUACUCGGAAGUGUACCUUACGAUCGACAACUCGCUCAUACCGGAGGAAAGGCUGUCGCCGACGCCGUCGAUGCUCGACGGCCUCGACCUGAACACGGAGACCGACCUUCGCAUCCUCGGUUGUGAACUGAUCCAGUCGGCGGGCAUUCUUCUCCGGCUACCCCAGGUGGCAAUGGCAACGGGGCAGGUGCUCUUUCAUCGAUUUUUCUACUCCAAGUCCUUCGUUAAGCACAGUUUUGAGAUUGUUGCUAUGGCUUGUAUCAACUUGGCCUCCAAGAUUGAAGAAGCACCACGACGAAUACGAGACGUCAUCAAUGUGUUCCACCAUUUGAGACAGAUCAGAGGCAAAAAGACUCCAAGUUCAUUGAUACUUGAUCAGAACUACAUAAAUACCAAAAAUCAAGUCAUCAAAGCGGAACGGCGGGUCCUGAAGGAGCUGGGCUUCUGUGUGCAUGUCAAGCAUCCUCACAAGAUUAUCGUCAUGUACCUUCAAGUCCUAGAAUGUGAAAAGAACCAGACACUGGUCCAGACAGCCUGGAACUACAUGAAUGACAGCCUGAGGACAAAUGUGUUUGUGAGGUUCCAAGCUGAGACCAUCGCCUGUGCCUGCAUAUACCUCGCUGCCCGAGCUCUGCAGAUACCUCUGCCAUCCAGACCUCAUUGGUACCUGCUGUUUGGUGCCAGUGAAGAUGAGAUUAAAGACAUCUGCAUCACCACCCUGAAACUUUACACCAGAAAGAAGCCUAACUAUGAGCAGCUGGAGAAGGAGGUAGAGCGGAGGAAAGUGUUCUUGGCAGAGGCCAAGCUGAAGGCCAAAGGCCUGAAUCCUGAUGGUACACCUGCAUUGUCCACACUGGGUGGCUUCUCUCCUGCUUCCAAGCCCUGCUCCCCAAAUGUGGUCAAGGUGGAAGAAAAGUCCCCGAAUCCCCAGACCCUCAAACCAGUUAAAAAGGAGCCAGACAACCGGACUCAGGUCAACAAGAGUCCACACAAUGGGUUAAGGAAAGAGGUGAAGAUCGGGAGGAACAGCAGGAGUGGAAGUCGAUCUCGCUCGAGAACACGUUCCCGGUCAAGAUCCCGUUCCCCUCGCAGACAUUACAACAGCAGACGUAGUCGCUCAGGGACCUACAGUUCUCGCUCACGUUCUCGCUCUCACAGUCGUAGCCCUUCGCCUCGGCGACAUCAGCCCUCACCCCUCCUCCCCCACCUCAAGUCCAAGACCAGUCACCACAGCAAUAGCGACUCCAGGCCCAGCGGACGCCAUAGCAACAGCGGAGGUGGAGGAUCCGGUCACAAGAGGAAGCGCUCGCGUUCUCGGUCUCGGUCCCGCACUCCGGUCAAAGCAGACAGGGACCGUGAAAGAGAGAGGGAACGAGAGAGAGACAGAGACCGCAGCUCCUUCGAACUUUCUUCAAAGAAACACAAGCACGAGCGAGGAGGUGGCCACCGAGGAGACAGGAGGGAGAGGGAGAGGUCUCGGUCCUACGAGAGGGACAGAGAUAGGGAGCGUAGCCACAAGAGCAAACACCACAGCAGUAGUGGGCACUCAGGACAUAGCCGUCACCGGCGCUGAGACACACGCACACACCCCCAACAGACUAACUCUGGGGCUGAUAGUCACUGACAUGUUUUCAGUAUAUUCAAAACGAAAUCAAAUCUGGCGAGUUCUCCAAUCACUGUUGAAUAUCGUUCACUAUCAGCAAAUAACAGGAGUCAUGUCAGCAGACACAUCUUACAAGUUCUUCAGAAGUUUCAGUAAAUAGUUGCACUACAACUAACAUGGAAGUAAAUCAGAUAGCUGCUGCCUGCAACCUGUCAGAUGACAUUGCUGACAUGUCCGAGAGCCCACUGCAGCUGUCAGAGCUAGAAUUCUGCAGAGAACACGCCAAAUUUGACUUUGUUUUGGGUAUAUUACCAGCCUAAUACCAACACAGUUGGUUUUCUGGGUUCCUCACAUGUAUCCUGAAACUGACUGUUUAAGCAGUAUAAUUUAUAGGAAUGUCGAUUUUCUUCAACCUUGAAUUUUGUUGGCCUGAGUCAGAUCACAAAAUCUGUAGUAAUUUUUGUCCUAAUGAAAAAACUUAAAUAAAGGUUUGACAUUGGAGGCAAUUCCAGAAACACUUGGUGGAAUCACAGUGGCUGAACCCCGCACAUAACCUCUGCAUGCACAAAUGUCCUGGUGAUAGAACAUUCAUCGCUUUGACUCUCAUUUACACAACAGCACACCUGUAGCUGAUAUUUGGCAGAGGUGUGUGAUGUUGUGUUACUGUAGAUGGAAGGUGCAUCUGAGGGACCCAGGCCACAGCAGUAACUACCAGCAUGAAGUGGACUGUUUGUAGGUUUAUAAGUGUAAGCCUCGACUUUUUUCCACUCGGUCAGAUGUGAUCAGUGGUUGAGGAAAGGCAUUGAAGAAGAGUGACAUCAGUCCAAGACCUGUCGUCGUCUCCUCCACCUAUAGGUUUUUCUUUUUCCCAUGAUACUCCCCUCCCCGCAUACCUCAACCAUCCCAUUAGCCUACCCUACCCAUAUGUAUUUGGUUUUACAUGUAAAGUUAAUGGACUUUGGGAAAAAGAAACUUAUUUACAGUGUAAAGAUGGAUUGGUAUCCACUGACAAAAUGUGAACGCUUUGAUUUAUAAAAGCAAACUGCUCGGUGGAGGGAUUGAGUGAAUAAAUGUAAAAUAAAAACGAUCAUUCAGGAAAGAUCAAUAUGUUUGCACAUAAAGGGACUGGCAGGCAAGUGGUUUUUGUUUCCUUUGCUUUUUUUUCUUUUUGUUUCUUGAGCAGGUUAAUGUUGCUAAAGCUGUGUUUUUGUACAGUUUCAAAAAAAGCAAACUGAUGAUAUAAUUUUUUCCUUUUUUUUUUAUUUACAGCAGGGGAUGCAGACUUGAUUACAAAACAUUUUAGGGUUGUCAAUUUGUUACACUGGUUUUUAGUCUGCACGUGUUCAUGUCCAAUUUUUAUUCGAUAAUAAACAAGUUAUGCCA